UACUAGUACUAGUACUACUGGAUCAAGGCCUUAUCGAUUUUAUUUUUAUUUUCUGGUUUUAAUAGGUUAAAAAAUGUGGAAAUAAGAACUGCAGCAGGGAAGGCAAAGGUGAUUGGAACCAUUGCAUGUGUUGUUGGAUCCAUGUUGUUGUCUUUUUACCAUGGACACACCAUGGACAUAUUAGAAUCCAGCAUUCAUUGGGAAUAUGCCGAGAAAAUGACUAAUUCAAGUUCCAACAACGGGACAAACUUCCUCGGUCUGUUUCUAAUCAUGCUCAGCUGUGUUGCUUGGGCUGUUGGGUUCAUACUACAGGAACGACUAGGGAAAAAGUUUGAAGCGCCUUACACAACAACUGCAGUAAUGUGUUUCAUGGCGAGCAUUGAGUGCACUGUCAUUGGUUUCAUUUUUGAACAUAGAAUUUCUGCCUGGUCAUUGAGCUCCAGUAUCAGACUUUUUGCAGCUUUAUACGAGGGAAUCGUAUGUAACGGGCUGGCAUUUUGCCUAGUGACAUGGAGCAUAGAAAAGAAAGGACCUUUCUACGUCUCGAUGUUCAGUCCUCUGUCGUUGGUGAUCGUGGCAAUCCUAAGUUUUGCACUGCUACAUGAAAAAUUAUUCAUUGGAACUCUUGCAGGAUCUGUUCUGAUCGUUGCUGGACUUUACGCUGUCCUGUGGGGAAAAGAUAAAGAGAGUAAACUAUCGAAAUCCAAGGAUGAUGAAAUGGAAACAAAUCAAGGUGAUCAGAAGUAUGACUUGGAACUCCAGGCUGGGAAGAUUAAUGAUCAUCUUACUAAGAUUAAUGAUCAUCUUACUAAGAUCGCAGAAAAGCUCGAUCCUGUGUCGUCUUAAAGUAGAUAUUUUCAAAGCGUUUGUAGCAAGAAGGUUGACACUGUUUUUCCUUUUUGGGGGAGGUAGUUGAUGUUUAACUUAAUUUAUAUGUUUCUUUUUUUUUUUUUAUAUCUUAUGAUAGGUUAUACGAGAGAUAAUAACCUUAUCUUAUUUUU